UAUAAAAGGCAAACUUUUCAAGUCAAACUCUGGGAGACGACAGAAUUUCGUCGCAAGUGACAGGAACACGAAAAAGCUCUCAACAACUACUUCCUGGUUGCCGAGUAACUCUUGUCGCCGUCAAAAACUUGUCAUGCAAACAAAAAUUAAGAUCGUAAAACCAAAACAGGGGCUGUACAAAAAAUUAAGACAUCAAGAAAUCUUUUAGCAAGACUCCCUCAUAGCGUCUAACACAAGACUGCCACGGCUAAAUGUCCAUGUCGUAAGCAGGUGUUCGAUCGGCCAAGCUUGAUUGACAAUUGGACUAAGUUUCUCGACCCUGAUUGGCUUGCCAAGGCAAUUACUACCAAAUUUGAUUUUAUUUCAGCCAGGCGCUUCAUCAAACAGUAUUUUUGUUCGUAACAUUCAAGCAGACACCAUGCUAGAGAUUCUCUGGAGUGAAAAGCUACCUAUGGCGCCAAAUUGGACUGGCCAUCGCGGACGAGGCAGUGAAUUGGUCGAUGUUUGUUUAUAAGGUCAACUUCUCCCGCCUACCGAACACUAUUUACACGAGGCAUAAAUAUAAUGUAUCUUAAAUCCACUCAAAAUAUGCCAGCUCUACAGGAAUUACUGAGUUUCUCGACGGAGGCUCACUCUUAACAACGAACAUUCUAUAAGAAUCAGCUUCGAACGAAUCCCACUAAGAGAGAGAAUGCCGAUUCGCCGCGGACGAUUUGCCCCACAGAACACUUUUCUGGAGACGAUCGCACAGAAAUUCGACCGAGGCAAUAGCAACUUUGUCCUCGGUGGCGCUCAAGAAAAGAACAACUACCCUAUAGUGUAUUGCAGUGAUGGCUUUUGUGAGCUCACGGGAUUUUCGCGAAGCGAACUUAUGAGGCGAAGUUGUGGUUGUAAUUUUUUAUACGGCUUGGAGACAAACCAAGAGGAUAUAGCAAGCAUUCAAAAAGCCUUCAAAGCGCAAGUGGAACUGAAAAAAGAAAUUAUGUUCUACAAAAAGAACGGAUCCCCAUUUUGGUGUCUAUUAGACAUUGUUCCAAUCAAGAACGAGAAAGGCAAUGUGGUGCUUUUUCUCGCUUCACAUAAAGAUAUCACUAAGAGGAAGAUAAGUGGAGAAGUUCCUGAACAGGAUGUGGCUUCUAUUUCGGGUGGGACUGAAAAGCUGAGCAGAUCUCGUUCCAGAAAUUUCAGCAGAGAUGUUCUUCUUCACUUGUCAAGACAAUACGCGCAGAGUGCUGGUCCUGCAAACAAAGCGAAUCCACGAAGUCCCAUCAAGAGAGCCCGAUCUUUUUCGUUUAAUUCCGAGCGACUACCUCAAUACAAGCGAGAAACUGACAAGAAAUCAAAGUUUCUUUUUCUACACUACAGCAACACCAAAGGAUUCUGGGAUUGGUGGAUACUCAUCUUGACAACUUAUAUUGCAAUCAUGGUCCCUUAUAAUGUGGCCUUUCGGAGGAACGACCGGAAAAGGGACCUAAUUAUAUUUGAUAUGGUUAUAGAAUUAUUUUUUAUUAUGGACAUGGUGGUUCACUUUCGAACUUCCUUCGUGGACCCGAGCGGGCGGAUUAUAUAUGAUCAGAAAAAAAUAGCGAUUCAUUACCUUAAAGGAUGGUUCGUUUUGGACUUUCUGGCAGCAUUACCGUUCGAGGCUUUGUAUUUUGUCAAUCAAACUUGGGCACAUUCCAUUGAUAGAAAAGGCUCUUCAUUCAACGAGGGUUUUUUGAUUCAACUUCUUAAAUGCGGGCGCCUUCUUCGACUCUUUCGCGUGGUCCGUAAGCUCCACCGCUACACUGAAUACAGUGCUAUACUUUUGACUCUCCUUAUGAUAGCAUUUGCAAUGAUGGCUCAUUGGCUGGCCUGUAUCUGGUAUGUGAUUGGUUUAUCUGAAAUCUCAGAAAAUUCAACCGUAAGUUGGCUGUAUGCGCUUGGCGAGGCAAUCAACAAACCUUACGUGAAUUUUACGGCGGAGACUGGACCCGACGAAGGGUCUGCUUACGUCACCGCUUUGUAUUUUACGCUGACCAGUAUGACCACGGUCGGAUUUGGUAACGUGGCGGCAAAUACGAAUGGAGAAAAAGUGUUUGCUGUUGUUACAAUGCUAAUUGGAGCAUUGAUGCAUGCCGCCAUAUUUGGAAAUGUAGCCGCUAUCAUUCAAAAGCUCUACGCCAAUCGAGUUCGUUACCAUUCCCGCGCGAACGAAAUCAAACAGUUCAUCCGAGUUCACAGAAUUGAUCAAGAUUUAGCCAAUAGGCUUGAAGAUUAUUUUCACACCACGUGGUCUCUUUCCGGAGGUGUCGAUACCAGCGAGAUUCUCACCACGUUUCCGGAAGAACUUCAGUCAGACGUGUGCAUGCAUCUGUACAAAGGCCUAUUAGAGCUCAGCCCUUUUAACCAGGCCCCGCGCGGCUGUCUUAAAAUGCUCUCGCCCCAGGUCCGUACCGUUUAUGUUGGGCCAGGCGAGGUGCUUUUGGCUCAAAAUGAUGUCAUCAACGCCAUUUAUUACAUUGCUAACGGGUCAAUGGAGGUGUUACAAGGAGAAUCUGUGGCAGCCAUUCUGGGUAAGUGUGACGAUGCUUUACAUAAAUGCUGCUAG